AUGAGGGCGAUUGCUCUUAACAUGACCAUGUUAAACCGUGCUUUGACCCCCGUUGAUCCUUCAAACUUUCUCAAGGCCCUACAACUUACUGUUAAAAAUCAGGACAUCCUAACACUGUCACCGUCUUCCAGCGUACAAUUGUCAGUUAGUAUAUUUUUAGCUUCUGAAAAUCUGGAGAAUGAAAAUAAAUGGUUUUGCCCACAAUGUUCCCUGCACCAAGAGAGCACUAAGGAAACAAGGAUUACGAGAAAUAGCGAAAUUUUAACCUUGCACCUGAAAAAGUUUGCAAGAGAUAGAGAACAUCUGGUUAAGGACAAUAAAUAUGUUGAAAGUUUUUCCUCUUCUAAUCCUUAUCUCAAUAUCCCGAUAUCUAGUGACUCGGACACAUCUUUUAUCCAAAAGUAUGCUUUGGUAGCUGUGAUAAAUCACUCUGGAACAUUGAAUGCAGGCCACUAUUGGGCCCAUAUCAAAGAUCGGUCCACAAACUCUUGGUACCUCUGCAAUGAUAAGGCAAUGAGCAAAUUUGAUCCAAGAGCGCUCAACAGCACUACAUCAUGUUUUCUUUUAUCCCCGCUGCUAGUUUUUUUUGGUUUGUUUUUUUUCCUCUUCAUAAAUGCCUUCGCUGUUGCUUUAAACCUGUACUACCAGGGGCAUGGGGAGGAAAAUGUAAAUCCGAGCGGUUUUGUAUUACCCCAGCUGGUUCAUACAAGCCAGUUUACCGUUAAUCCCAGAGGGUAAAGAGUUCACUCUUCUCUGGUAACUUAUAAGAAGCUUAGCAAGAAGGUUUGCUUUUAGCUUGUCUUUGGGUGUAACGACCCCACUCUUUACCCCAGUUCAGUAAGGUGCCCAAGUUUACUAACUUGGUCUUCUGUCCUUAGUCAAAAUAUCGACAGGCUGGUCCUGUCGUGACAACCUCCUAUGUAAGGCUGAGUGUUGGGGCCCUGUAACACAUGUGGAAAGCUACAGCCAGAGUCACAAGUUCUGGCGCACAGGAGGGUCUUAUUUAAUUCUUUUCUAUAUUAAUAUAUUUUUGGCAUAUACAUUUUUCUAUUUGUGUUUGUUCUGUAACCAGUCCGUUUAUGUUGUUAGCUCUGUCUUGUGUCGUAUUGUUUGUGAUAGAAGGAUUGCUUUUUCUCUUUACGAUUUUCUUAAAGAAUAGUUUUAGGUCCAAGUUGGACAGUACUCAUGCUUGUAAGAAGCAAGAAAGUGUAUUCAGCACCUUCUUCUGGGACCCUAAUCUCAGUUUUGACAACCACCGUCCCUGUAGACAAGGUACUUCGGUGCAGCUUGCUGUAUUGUAAACCUUUUUCAUUUAAGGUUGUUUUUAUAGAAAAGUUCUUUCGGAUGUACGGAGUGGAAGUGUUUGUUGAGAAGAGAGAAAGAGGGAUUUUUUCGCUAAAAUUGUGGACACUUUUGUUAUAUUGAGGAUUGCACAGAAUUAUAUUUCCUGAGCAAAUUUUUUUUUCGGAAUAGUGGAUUUUGAAAAGUUUAAUACACUUUCAUCCUUUUUUGCGUUCUGGAAGAUGAUUUCUUUUACAUUCUUGCUGAAAGAGAAAUUUGCAACUUCUAACUAUAGUAUAGCCAGCUUUCAUUAGACAAGUUAUAUCACUGCAUUAGAAAGGUGAUUCACCAGCAAUGAGUAUUUUUUAUCAAUAUAUAUUUUGGAAUUUUCUUCCAUCAUCAGGGUUCGGACGCUCUUCUCUGGCCAUGUAGUGGAAGCAUUAUUCUUGUUAACAUCUUAGGUUUUUUUCUGUAUGGCUUUAUGCCUAAUCUUACAGCCAGGUUUCGUGUUGUAUUUGGACGAAAAUGUUCUAUUCUAUUAAAAAAAUUCUAAAAAUAAGUUAAGGCUCUGAAAAUAUUGGAAAUAAGACAAACGUUCUUCUAUUCUAUAAGAUGCAAAUAAUGUUAUCUAAAAAGAUUUAAUAUGGUCCGUAUUUUUUGGUUUACUUUUUGCCAAAUCACAUUCGUGGGAACAAUGGAAUAGUCUUACACAAUUUUGAGUUUGUACCUUAUGAGGUCUAAUUUGAGUCCCUGUUCAGAUAUUUGUUUGACCUGCUGAUAGGACCGUAUUUUUGGUAAGCUAGACUCUGCCACAAGGUUAGACCUGUCAACCAACACCUAUUGUUCCAAAUCCAGGAAGCCAAGAAGAAUUUCUCGGUCAAUCCCGAAUGGGUUUAGGUUAUUUUUUGAAUAAAUUGGUUUUGAAAAGCUUUGGACACAAUGUUUUCUUCAUACUUGCUUAACAUUGGCAUUAACUGUUUGAAUUGCAUGUUCUGAAAACUCUUUAGCAGGGGCUACAGUACGCCUCCUUUUUUCUUUACACAUUGCUUAAAGAGCAUUUUUGUUUGCAUUCCGAUGUAGUUACUCCUAUUCACCUUGUUCCAGUGUAUUUCAUUAUAUUGAUAUCUAAUUGCUUAGUGACAUUAACAUUCACAAUUUUGUGCCAAAUGAGGAAAAAGCUAUUGUAACAAUUCUUCACACUAUUCUUUAUUACAACAAGCAUUUACUGUAAAUCCUGCACUCUGGUCACAAUAUGCAUCUAAAUCCUCCUACAAAUCCGUUGUUAUUAACAUAUGUCUUUUUCUGCUGUUGACCUGUCUAAAUUUUGAGAGCACUGUGAUGCCUUUUUCUCAUUUAGCUUCGACUGUUCUUAUUUGUGUUUCUUGUAAUCCGACAAUCUAUUAAGAAAUUCAGGCUGAGUAUGUUCUUAUUGUGUUCUUAAUUUUUCGCACAAUCAACAAAAAAUUCUUAUAAAAAGAGACGUAUAAAGUGCUGUUUUAUUACACUCUUUAACCUCUCGAGUGCACCUAAAAUUAGUGUAAUAUAAAUACCGUCUGUAUAAGUAAAUGGAUUGAAGACAAGUGGUAAAAAGAAAUAUUGGAGAUGUUUUAUACUUUUAAACACAAUUUUAUGCAUUUAAUAUUGAAUACUAGCAAAAAAGCAAAAAUUUAAACCACACGCAUGAGUUUGUAAAAGCGUCAUCCUGUUUAUUAUACCACAUGCAAGAGAAUUGCUUUUAAUUGUAAAACACACAUAUUUUUAUAACCAGUUUGUAAUAGAUGCACUAAAAAUCCUAAAGUGUUGUUACGCUUGAUGAUUUGAAUGCGCAUUUGUAUGGAUGUUUCGCAUCACGAAGUUCUUC